AACGGCAGUAAUGGCGCUGGUCCCCGCUCCAGUCGGCAGAGGUUUCAGAGACCAGAAUCCUUUGAGCAGGCUCCCAUGUACGUAGCCGUGAUGACAUACCUGGGGUUCGGCAUCGUCACACUAUUUGGGUAUUUCAGAGACUUCCUCAGAGCAGUGGGCCUGGAGAAAUGCCACAUCGCCAAGGAGAGAGAGGAGCAGAAGGAUUUUGUCCCCCUGUAUCAAGACUUUGAGAACUUCUAUACCCGUAACCUGUACAUGAGAGUAAGAGACAACUGGAACAGACCUAUCUGCAGUCUACCUGGCCCUGUGUUUGACGUGAUGGAGAGGGUGUCCCCAGACUACAACUGGACAUUCAGGUUAACAGGGAAGACCAUAGACAACGUGAUCAACAUGGGUUCCUAUAACUACCUUGGUUUCGCUGAGAACGACGGUGAUUUUAUGAAGACUGUGGCAGACAGAACCCAGCAGUAUGGCCUCGGGGUCUGCAGCACACGACAGGAAAUGGGAAACCUGGCUAUCCAUGGGGAGUUGGAGCAGCUUGUCGCCACCUUCCUGGGGGUGGAGUCCAGCAUGGCCAUGGGUAUGGGCUUCGCUACCAAUUCCAUGAACAUACCGGCACUGGUCGGCAAG